AUGUACCAAAAUUUAAGAAAACUAAUUAGCCUGGUGGAUGAGCUCAGGGAUGUGGGAUUACAACAAUACAUUAAUCUUCCCAGAAUUUGUGUUGUUGGAACACAAAGUUCAGGAAAGUCGAGCGUAUUGGAAUCUGUUGUUGGUUUCGACUUUCUACCUAGAGGAGAAGGAAUAGUAACCAGACGUCCUGUUGAAAUGCGUCUAGUACAUAUUCCAAGCAAGAAUGGAGUGGAUGAAGCUUAUGUAGUGUUUGAAAGAGAUAGAAACAAGAAAUUUACAGAUUUUGAGAAAGUCAGAGAAGAAAUUGAUCGUCUUACUGACGAGGUAGCUGGAAAAAAUAAGGGUAUUGUAGAUGAUCCAAUAAUAUUAACUAUAUAUGGUACACAAUGCCCUGAUUUAACUUUAAUAGAUUUACCAGGUAUUACAAGGGUACCAUUAAAAGGUAGUGACCAAUGCGACAAUAUUGAACAAUUAACUAGAGAUAUGGCAAUCAGAUAUGCAAGAGAUCCAAGAACUAUAAUUUUAGCAGUAAUUCCAGCUAAUGCUGAUAUGUCUACAUCUGAUGCUCUACAAUUAUCUAGAAGAGUGGAUCCUAAAGGUUUAAGAACUAUUGGUGUUGUGACUAAGAUAGACUUAAUGGAUAGAGGAACUGAUGCUUCUAAAAUGCUUCAUGGAGAUGAAGUUCCACUGAGAUUAGGUUAUACUGGUGUGAAAAACAGAAGCUCAGCAGAUUUAAAAGCUGGUAAAUCGAUUAAAGAUGCUUUAGAAGAUGAGGCUGCUUUCUUUUCAUCACAUCCAGUUUAUAGGAAUCUUUCACCAGAAUUGGUUGGUACAAAGAACCUAGUUUCUAAGUUAACAAAAGUCUUAUUUAAACAUAUUAGAACAUUUCUUCCAGAUAUUAGAAGAGAAAUCAAUGCAAGAAUUAGAACUUUAACAUCAAAGUUGGAUGAGUUUGGGCAAUCAGUUCCUUUGGAAAGCAAUGAUAGAACUCAGUUAAUGUGGGCAAUGAUUACCGACUAUUGUGAAAUGAUUAAGAAUACUAUUAGAGGGAAAUAUGAUAAAAGAUUACAAACUUAUUUUGAUCAUGGAAAUGACGGAGGAAUGUCCAGUGGGGCUCAGAUAAGAGUUAUAUUUAAUGAACUUUUAGAUGAGUACACUGAUAAUGAUGUAACAUCAGAGCUUACGGACUAUGAUAUUGAUGCUGCAAUAAGAAUGCAUGAAGGAGACUCCAUGCCUGGUUUUCCUUCUCCUGAUAUGUUUGAGUAUCUGAUUCUUCCUCACUUAAGAAAAAUUCAAGCUCCUGUUAUGGAAUGCUUGGACAGAGUCACUUCGGCAUUAGAGAAUGUUAGUCAGAAGGUCGCACACAAAGUUUUUAGUAGGUUCCCUAAACUUUCAGAUCAGAUUCUAGAUAGAAGCCAAGAGAUUCUACUUCAAGAAAAAGAGAACACAAAAACCAUUCUAGAGCAAUUGGUGGAAGCUGAAACAGGGUAUCUUUUUACAAAUGAUUCUAAAUACUUGACUGAACAUGGAAGUGUAAUUAACAAUAACUCACAGGGUAAUCCUAAUGAUCCAAAUGGAGCUGGUGGGAGACCUGGCCAAAUGGGCACCAAUGGCGUUCAAGACUCAGGGAUGAUGCAAGUAGGACCAGAUGGGCAACCAAUACAAAGAGAACAAACUAAAACAGCACAGAUAUUUAGUCAGGUUCAACAGACGGUUGGGAGUAUGACCAAUUCUUUGUCUGCAAAUUUAUGGUCACAAGAUCCUUUUUCACAGAAUAAAGAUGGAAAUAAACGAAAGACCAGAUACUCACAAGUAUUCUUAAAAGAAAUAAGAAAAAGACUGGAUUCUUACUUCUCUAUAGUUGUGAGAAAUAUUCGUGAUUCUGUUCCAAAGAUUAUUGGUCACUUCUUGGUCAGACAGAUCAUGGAUAAGCUUCAAUUCCAAUUAUACAAUGAAUUCAACAAAACUGAAAGACUUUCUGAUUUAUUAAAUGAGCCAAACCAUAUAGUAGAGGAGCGAAAAGCCUUGAUUAACCAACUAAAUACUUUAAAGAAAGCCUCUACAAUACUCCAGAGGGAUCCAAAUAUUGCUGCUCUAACUAAUAAUGAUUUUGAUGAACAAUACGAUAGUGAUUUACAGCAAAUGCAAAAUAACUUUAGCCAAAAGAUGAAUCUUUCCGGAGGAGGUGGUGGUCAGCCUGGAACGGGAAAUAUGAGACAACAACAAAUGCAACAUUCUCAAUCUCAGAAUAAUUUUAGAAACAACCAACAACCAGCACCUAACCAACUACCACCUGGGACAGGUGGUAAUACUGGAGGAGCUCAGAUGCAGAAUCCAAAUAUAAGUAAUUCUGGUUCAACAAAAGCUGCUCUAUUCUCCUCAGUUCCUGGUCAAAAGCAGACUCAGAGAGACCCUCUUUUCGCCAAUUUUUAG